AUGACUCUUUGUUUGCGAUACAUUGAUAGAAAUGGUGGAUUGAAUGAACGUUUUCUUGGUUUGGUUCAUGUGCCUAACACCACUUCUUUAACUCUUAAAGAGGCAAUUGAAUCGUUGCUUAUGGAGCACUCUCUUAGUCUUUCUAGAGUUCGGGGACAAGGAUAUGAUGGUGCUAGUAACAUGCGAGGUGAAAUAGCUGGUUUAAAAACUCUAAUAACUGAUGAGUGUCCACAAGCAUAUUAUGUUCAUUGUUUUGCUCACCAACUUCAAUUGACACUAGUUGCCGUUGCCAAGAAAAACUCUGAUCGUAGUUGGCUUUUUCUUGAUGUGCUUCCAUUGUUGUUGAAUUUUGUUGGUGGUUCACCUAAACGAAAAGAAUUUCUUCGACAAAAUCAAAGAACACGUGUUGUAGAAGCUUUAUCCUCGGGUGAAAUAGAAUCUGGCACUGGUUUGAAUCAAGAGAAAUCUUUAAGUAGGCCCGAUGACACUAGUUGGGGAUCUCAUUUUAAAACAAUUAUGAAUGUUCUUGAUUUAUAUCGUCCAAUCCUUGAGUCACUUGAUGCUAUUGCUGAAUCUUCCAUUGAAAAGGCCGACAAAAACAAAGCAUGUGCAAUCAUUAAUUUGUUGAUGACUUUUGAUUUUGUUUUUGUGGCAUACUUGAUGACAUCUAUUUUUGGGAUCACACAUGAGUUGAAUUUGGCUUUACAAAAAGAGUGA